AUAUCAGCUUUCUGGUUGGUUUGACUGCUUCACAACAUUUGGCAUUUUUGCUAUAUUUUAUGCAUAUCGUUUUAAAUAUUUAAACAUGUGUUAUUUUAUGUAAUUUUAUAUAAAUAUUAUAAAGACAACUCACAUAUUUAGUAAUAUUUAAUAACAUUUUGGCGAGAUGGCUAUUUUCUGGUUGGUUCCCGUUCAGUAACUAAGAUCAAAAAUAUUUCUAUUAACUUAUAAUAAAAAAUUUAAUAUCUGGAAAAAGUGGCAGGCCAUACCAUGAUUAAUUUAUAUGCUUGAUGUAUAAUUCCAUCAACUCUUUCUUUCUGUUUUAUUGCUGUUUUGAUUAAAUUAUAAGAUAUGUAUAUAUUUGAUAAUACGAACGAUAACUUCUGUUUUGAGUGAGGCAAUAAUAUAAUGGUUAUUGCAUGUUACAUGUAACAUGUAACCAACCACUUACAAUCCUUGACAGUUUGCAAAAUCAAUCAGAUCAUAACAAAUUCUAGUUUAGUAAUAGUUUUAUCAAAAUAAUGAUUCUGUCGUUUUCUUCCCUCUUUGUAGUAAAAACUAAAUUAGCCAGUCUCAACCAAAUUCGCCUAUUAAAACCCUAGCACUUUCUCCAUAUUCUUCACACAAAACAUCACAAGCUUUGUAAAGAGAGAGAGUGUUUAGUUUUUCUUAUAACUUAUAUAUUACAAAACCCUUAGAACCCCCACUCAUAUACUCAUCAAUGGCUUAUUCUAAGAUUGCUCUCCUCCUCAUUUUGAAUGUUAUUUUCUUCACCUUGGUCAGCUCGAAUCCAGUCCCUUACCGCAAACCCACUUGUAAAAAUGCUCUUAAAUUCAAGGUGUGUGCCAAUGUGUUGGAUUUGGUUAAUGUUUCUCUACCAACAAGAUCCAAAUGUUGCGGACUUAUCAAAGGUCUAGUUGAUCUCGAAGCCGCAGUUUGUCUCUGCACCGCCUUAAAAGCUGAUCUCCUUGGCCUCAAACUAAAUGUUCCCAUUUCAUUGAGUGUUAUCUUAAACCACUGUGGUAAGAAGGUUCCAUCUGGUUUCAAAUGUGCCUAGUGGUUGCGCAGUUUUAAAUGAGACUCUAAACCAUUACUUCAAAAGUUCAUUUCUUGUUUUGAGAUAUCUAUUUGUUUCUACCAGUAUCCAUUGUUGUACUUUUUACAUGUUCAAUCAAUAAAAUAAGAAGUUUUGGUUCAACAGAAAUUAAAAUCAAAUGUUUCUUAUUCUUUUUAAUAAGCAUCUGCUCUUAAUUUUCAGUGUUACGUGUUAUUACAGUACCAUACCAAAGAACCUUUUAAACUUAAGAACAAACUUGAAAUAGAUGCAACCGUUUGAAUAUUUUACUUAUUAGUUUCUUAUUAGCACGUACUUAAUCAUGCAUGCAAUCAUGGUAUAUAUACUCUGGCACUUGUCGCCACAUACUGAGCAUUUGAAAAAUUUAUAUUAAGAGGAGCAUGAUUGAAUGAGACCCAACCAGCAAAUAAUUAAAUCACCAACACAAGAACAAAAAGGUAUUAUUAGUUGUCCCAUUUACAAAAUUUAAAUAAAGUUACUAGAAAGACUAAUGCCCUAAAUUAACAAAAAAAAGAAUUGAACAUAAAUGAAUAGCCGAAUGUCCAUCCCGAGCUAAAGAAGAAAACAUUAUUACAAGUAAAAAUCAAUAAAAUUAAUUUUAGAAUAAUCUCGACGAUAUAGUAAUUCAGAAAAUUAAAGCAAACAAUUUUUAGAUAGGAACAAAUGGAAUGAUUAGCAAACUAAAACAAAUUGAUAAAUUAUGUAAAUAUUUGAUGUACAUUAAACCAUAUUUUAAAAAGAAAAUCUGGGCAAAUUUGAAACUUACGGACUAAAGAUAAACAGGAUGGAGACACAAACUAGUUGUAAGUUAAUCAAAAUAAGUUAGUCGCAUUCACGAGAAAACUUAAAACUGACGUAGAAUAAUUGUUGGUAAACUAUAAAAUGAAUCCAAAAAGUAACUAGACCAACGAGAUUGAAUAACAAUUAAUUUUUUUUGUUCAAGUUUUAAUGAUCAAUAGAACAAAUAUCAGUUUAGUUACUGCAGCAGCACAUAAUAACUAAAUAUAAAUUAUAGAUAUACAAAAAUACAAUAAAAUAAAGUGAAGAAUUUAAAUUAAAAUAGAGUUAAAAUAAUAACAAUUCAGUUAUACUAAUAUAAUAAAUAGGAAGAAGAACCUAACUACUUGGCCAAAAACUUUUCUACAAUUUCAAAUCAUUACUAUAUAUGAUAAUAUCAAACAGUACUGAAUCUUAAUAUAAAAUAUUAAUUUUUCAUGAUUUGAAUCACCUAAAAUCAUAUGUUUCUACUCUUUUGUGUUCUAUUCUCGUCAAAAAAAAUAGAAACUGAUGUAAAUAUCAGCUUUCUGUUUGGUUUGACUGCUUCACAACAUUUGGCAUCUUUGCUAUAGUUUAUGCAUAUCGUUUUAAAUAUUUAAACAUGUGUUAUUUUAUGUAUUUUUAUAUAAAUAUAAAGACAACUCACAUAUUUAGUAAUAUUUAAUAACAUUUAAUAACAUUUUGGCGAAAAUAGAUAUUUUCUGGUUGGUUCCUGUUCAGUAACUAAGAUCAAAAAUAUUUCUAUUAACUUAUAAUAAAAAAUUUAAUAUCUGGAAAAAGUGGCAGGCCAUACCAUGAUUAAUUUAUAUGCUUGAUGUAUAAUUCCAUCAACUCUUUCUUUCUGUUUUAUUGCUGUUUUGAUUAAAUUAUAGGAUAUGUAUAUAUUUGAUAAUACGAACGAUAACUUCUGUUUUGAGUGAGGCAAUAAUAUAAUGGUUAUUGCAUGUUACAUGUAACAUGUAACCAACCACUUACAAUCCUUGACAGUUUGCAAAAUCAAUCAGAUCAUAACAAAUUCUAGUUUAGUAAUAGUUUUAUCAAAAUAAUGAUUCUGUCGUUUUCUUCCCUUUUUGUAGUAAAAAAUAAAUUAGCCAGUCUCAACCAAAUUCGCCUAUUAAAACCCUAGCACUUUCUCCAUAUUCUUCACACAAAACAUCACAAGCUUUGUAAAGAGAGAGAGUGUUUAGUUUUUCUUAUAACUUAUAUAUUACAAAACCCUUAUAACCCCCACUCAUAUAUUCAUCAAUGGCUUAUUCUAAGAUUGCUCUCCUCCUCAUUUUGAAUGUCAUUUUCUUCACCUUGGUCAGCUCGAAUCCAGUACCUUACCGAAAACCCACUUGUAAAAAUGCUCUUAAAUUCAAGGUGUGUGCCAAUGUGUUGGAUUUGGUUAAGGUUUCUCUACCAACAAGAUCCAAAUGUUGCGGACUUAUCAAAGGUCUAGUUGAUCUCGAAGCCGCAGUUUGUCUCUGCACCGCCUUAAAAGCUGAUCUCCUUGGCCUCAAACUAAAUGUUCCCAUUUCAUUGAGUGUUAUCUUAAACCACUGUGGUAAGAAGGUUCCAUCUGGUUUCAAAUGUGCCUAGUGGUUGCGCAGUUUUAAAUGAGACUCUAAACCAUUACUUCAAAAGUUCAUUUCUUGUUUUGAGAUUUCUAUUUGUUUCUACCAGUAUCCAUUGUUGUACUUUUUACAUGUUUAAUUAAUAAAAUAAGAAGUUUUGGUUCAACAGAAAUUAAAAUCAAAUGUUUCUUAUUCUUUUUAAUAAGCAUCUGCUCUUAAUUUUCAGUGUUACGUGUUAUUACAGUACCAUACCAAAGAACCUUUUAAACUUAACAACGAACUUGAAAUAGAUGCAACCGUUUGAAUAUUUUACUUAUUAGUUUCUUAUUAGCACGUACUUAGUCAUGCAUGCAGUCAUGGUAUAUAUACUCUGGCACUUGUCGCCACAUACUGAGCAUUUGAAAAAUUAAUAUUAAGAGGAGCAUGAUUGAAUGAGACCCAACCAGCUGCAAAUAAUUAUAUCACCAACACAAGAACAAUGUUUAAAGCAAAAAGGUAUUAUUAGUUGUCCCAUUUACAAAAUUUAAAUAAAGUUACUAGAAAGACUAAUGCCC